AUGAACGGCGGAGAAACCACGAGUAACAACGAUACGAUUAAGAAAAGAAAGAUUGAUCCGGAGUCCCGUCAAAUAAUCGUCCCACCAAGGGAUGCUCAAAUCCAUUACACACCUCUUAAGACGGGUCUAUGUUACGAUGUCAGAAUGAGGUAUCAUGCUAAGAUAUUCACUUCAUAUUUCGAAUAUAUUGAUCCUCACCCGGAGGAUCCUCGAAGAAUUUACCGUAUUUAUAAGAUAUUAGCGGAGAAUGGACUCAUUAAGGACCCCACUUUGAGUGGGAUAGAUGAUAUUGGUGAUUUGAUGUUGAAAAUACCGGUCAGAGAAGCUACUAGUGAAGAAAUUUUGGAAGUUCAUUCUAAGGAACAUUUGGAUUUUAUUGAAAGCACUUCGAAGAUGAAUAGAGAACAAUUGUUGAAAGCUACUGAAAGUGGUGAUUCUGUUUAUUUUAAUAGUGAUUCGUAUGCUAGUGCAAAACUACCUGUUGGUGGUGCCAUUGAAGCUUGUAAAGCGGUGGUAGAAGGGAGAGUUAAAAAUGCAUUGGCUGUCGUGAGACCUCCGGGCCAUCAUGCAGAACCAGAAGCUGCUGGAGGGUUUUGUCUUUUCAGUAAUGUUGCCAUUGCUGCUAAGAAUAUUUUGAAAAAUUAUCCAGAAAGUGUUAGAAAGAUUUUAAUCUUAGAUUGGGAUAUUCAUCAUGGGAAUGGGACGCAAAAGGCCUUUUAUGACGAUGAUAGAAUUCUUUACGUGUCGUUACAUAGAUUUAAAAUGGGGAAAUACUAUCCCGGCACUAUUCAUGGUAGAUAUGAUCAAACUGGCGAAGGUAAAGGUGAAGGAUUCAACUGUAAUAUCACUUGGCCAGUAGGUGGUGUCGGUGAUGCAGAAUAUAUGUGGGCAUUUGAACAAAUUGUCAUGCCCAUGGGGCGUGAAUUUCAACCAGAUUUAGUGAUUAUUUCCGCUGGUUUCGAUGCAGCAGAUGGUGAUACCAUUGGUCAAUGCCAUGUUACACCAAGUUGUUAUGGUCAUAUGACACAUAUGUUGAAAUCAUUAGCCAGGGGUAACAUGGCUGUAGUAUUGGAGGGUGGUUAUAAUUUAGAUUCCAUUGCCAUUAGUGCCUUAAGUGUGGCCAAGAUAUUAAUAGGUGAACCACCAGAUGAAUUACCAGAUGUAACAAGAGAUCCUAAACCAGAAGUAAUUGAAAUGAUCGAUAAAGUUCUUAGGAUACAAUCUAAAUAUUGGAAAUGUUUUAAAAGUAAAUUUGGUAAUGCAGGAUGUGAUUUCCAAGAACAAAUUAAUAAUUCGAUUGCAACGAAAAAUUUCCCAUUACAAAGUGCCAUUCGUCAACAACAAGUGAGAAAUUUAAGUAAAGAAUUCAACUUUUCAGAACUGCCCAUUUACAAAUCAGAAUUACCUGAAGAUACUAUACUGUGUUCUUCUAAUAUAUAUGAAUCCAAUACUAUUAUAAUAUGUGUUCAUGAUACUCCAGAGAUAUGGGCUAAACGAGAUGCUAUUCAAGGGACCAUUGAUCCAUCUUCAUCAAUUAUAGUUGAUUCCAGUCUUGAUAUGAUAAAAUGGGCCAUAGAGAGGAAAUAUGGAGUCAUUGAUAUAAAUAUUCCACAAAAUCUAUUAGAACAAGAAAAUUAUUAUUCAAUAAUAACGGCACAAGAAGUGUUAAUAAAUUUAUGGGAUAAUUAUUUAAAAUAUUUUCCUAAUGUUAAUAAGAUAGCGUUUGUUGGUAUUGGUGAUGCAUAUUCUGGUAUAGUUCAUUUAUUGGGCCAUAGAGACACAAGAUCUGUAGUGAAAGCUGUUAUUAAUUUUGUUGGACAAAAGCAAUUAAAACCUUUGGUCCCAUUAGUGGAUGAAUCAUUGGGUGAAUGGUAUUUUAAAAAUUCAUUAGUGUUUUCUAAUAAGAACCAUAUAUAUUGGGGUGAUAAAGAAAAUAAGAAACCAAGGAAGAAAUAUGGUAGAGUAUUGAGAUGUGAUACUGAUGGGAUAAGUAAUAUAAUGGAGGAAAGAUUUGAAGAGGCUACUGAUUUUAUAUUAGAUUCAUUUGAAGAAUGGAGUGACAGCGAAUAG